AUGGUAUGGUUUGUGGUGAUUCUUUUUAGGAACGCCAUCAGUAUCUAUCUAUCUCAUUCUAUUUGUAUCUAUCUCAUUCUAUUCGUAUCUAUCUAUCUGUUUAUCUCAUUUCAUUUGUAUCUAUCUCAUACUGUUAUAUAUCUCAUUCAAUUAAUAUCUAUCUCAUUCUAUUCGUAUCUAUCUAUCAAUCUAUCUCUUUCUAUUUAUAUCUAUGUAUCUCAUUCUAUUCGUAUAUAUCUCAUUCUAUUUGUAUUUAUCUAUCUAUCUCAUUCUGUUCAUAUCUAUCUAUGUAUCUAUCUAUCUCAUUCUAUUUGCAUCUAUGUACCUCAUUCUAUUUGUAUCUAUCUCAUUCUAUAUGCAUCUUUUUAUCUCAUUCUAUUCUAUCUAUCUAUCUAUCUAUCUAUCUAUCUCAUUCUAUUCAUAUCUAUCUUUCUCAUUCUAUUCAUAUCUAUCUAUCUAUCUAUCUAUCUAUCUAUCUAUCUAUCUCAUUCUGUUUGUAUCUAUCUCAUUACUGUUCAUAUAUAUCUCCUUCUAAUUGUAUCUAUCUAUGUAUCUCACUCUAUUCAUAUAUAUCUAUCUCAUUUUAUUUGUAACGAUGUGUCUCAUUCUAUUCAUAUCUAUCUCAUUCUAUUCAUAUUUAUCUAUCUUUCUAUUUGUAUGUAUCGAUCUCAUUCUAUUAGUAUCUAUCUACACCAUUCUAUUAGUAUCUAUCUAUCUAUACCAUUCUAUUUGUAUCUAUCUAUCUCAUUCUUUUAG